AUGAGUCCAUGGAGAAGAUAUGUUGGCAACGCUAGCAUGAAGUUUACUUGUGAUCCAAGGAACCUUGAGUAUCUUCUCAAGACCAGGUUCUCUGUUUUCCCCAAAGGGCCUUAUUUUCGUGACACCAUCCGUGAUCUUCUAGUAGACGGGAUAUUCAACGUCGAUGAUGUGACAUGGCAACGGCAGAGGAAAACGAUCAGCGUCGAGCUCUACUCGGCGAAGUUCCGGCAAUUGACCACCGAGUCGUUGGUGGAACUCGUCCACGCCAGGCUCUUGCCCGUGUUGGAAAAUGUAGUGAACAAAUCAACCACCAUCGAUCUCCAAGAUGUCCUGUUGAUAUUAACGUUCGAAAACGUUUGCAUGAUCGCCUUCGGCGUCGACCCCGGGUGUCUCCGUCUUGGAUUACCCGAAAUACCAUUCGCCAAAGCGUUCGAAGGCGCCACCGAGGCGACCUUGCUACGUUUCUUCACUCCGACGUUCAUAUGGAAAGCCAUGAGAUGCCUCGAUUUAGGGUCCGAAAAGAAGCUGGGAACAUCGAUAAAGGGUGUCGACGAGUUCGCCGGAGAAGUCAUCAAGACGAGGAAGAAGGAACUUUCGUUACAAACAGAGGACGAAAGGCGAAGAUCGGAUCUGUUGACGGUGUUCAUGAGAUUGAAAGAUGAACAAGGGAAGCCAUUUUUGGACAAGUUCCUACGUGAUAUUUGUGUUAACUUUAUUCUCGCCGGAAGGGAUACGUCGUCGGUGGCGUUGAGCUGGUUUUUCUGGUUGCUGGAAAAGAAUCCGAUGAUCGAAGAGAAAAUUCUUGCGGAGAUAUGUAGAAUUGUUAACGAAAGAGAUGAGUUGAAAAACAAACGAGAAUUAGAAAUCCCAUUGAUAUUUAGACCAGAGGAGAUAAAGAAGAUGGAUUAUUUGCAAGCUUCAUUGUCAGAGACUCUAAGAUUGUACCCUUCGGUCCCUGUUGAUCACAAGGAGAAUAGGAAGUUUGUGCUAUAA